AUGUUCCACCUAUUCUCUGUCGUUUUUAUUGCCUUGGCCGCAGCUUUUUCCGUGGUCGGCGUUGCCAUCCCUGCGCGGGAUUUCGCAGUUCGUUCAACCUCUGCUAAGAAUUACAUAGAGGAGCGUUACUCGGCACUCAACUGCGGGAAUAAGCAACGCACCUCUUUUUUCACGGCGUGCUGUGGUCGCUGGCCGGCCAAUGAAACGCUCGAGGAUCUCCCAUCAGGGUGCUUCCUCGAGUCUUCCUCUGUUAGCUCCGCAGGGCCUAGUGGCACACAGGAUCUGUACAAUCAGUGUCACUGCGACGAUGAUCCCUCCAGCGCACCUGUGCCUAUCCCUUCGGCUUCCACCUCAGUCGUCCCGCCUCCUGUCAGUGCGCUUUCCAGUCCGGUAUUGGUCGCUGACCCUCCGGCGUCGCACUCGCACUCUCGUCACACCCAUGCUACGACCUCGUCCGUACCUCCUUCAUCGUGCGCGACGCCAACUUCGUUUCCUAUGCCCUUAUCUUCGCUUUCGCCUUCGCCCUCCACAUCUCUAUCUUUGACGCCAUCGCUGUCUAAAUCUUCUCCUGCUGCAGUUGCGGCUUCUUCGGACGCUUUCUCUUCCGACUAUGCAGUCAACUGGGGCGGAUUCGCGACAUACUACUACCAGAAUGGGGUUGCAGGCGCUUGCGGUACUGUACAUAGCGAUUACAACUUCAUAUGCGCCAUGGACCAAGCUCUCUAUGGCUACUCUGGGAACGCUUCGCCGCUCUGUGGUCAGCAAGUUUUAAUCACCAACACAGACAAUGGCCAGAGCGUAACCGUCACCAUUGCUGACGACUGCCCUACGUGCAGAAACUCGAACUCGAUUGAUCUUUCCGUCGCUGCUUUCCAGGCCAUUGCCGAUCUGAGCACAGGCAUCGUUCCGAUUUCUUGGCAAUACCUGAACUAG